AUGAACGAACUUCCUUCCAAAUACUCUAGUGUUGGUCUAAGUCCAGAAGACCAACACAAAGUAAUAACCCUGGGACCACCAAAGAGACCUAGAAAACCAAUUGAAUAUACCAUAAGAACAAUAGAAUCAAAAAUUCAAGAUGCUGUCACUAAUCAAACUUAUCAAAAUUCCAAUUACAUAGAUGAAGACAUAGAAAUGGUUCCAAUGGAUACUGAUAAAGAAGUAGAUGCCAUUUCUUCAUAUAUUGCAUAUUGCCGAGAUUCUGGAAAUCUAUCCAGUCACAGCCAUGAUGAAUAUUUAGGUGAUGAUAUGAUGAUUGAUGAACAUCAUAAUAAUAUAACAGAAUUAGAAAUUAUUGAAGGAAAUAUUUCAUUUUUAGUAGUGGAUACAAACUUCAUUAUUUCUCAUUUGCAAAUAAUUGAUGAAUUACGUGAAUUGGCUAUUGAAUUUGGAUUGAAAAUAAUUCUCCCUAUUCCAGUUAUACAAGAAUUAGAUGGGUUGAAAAACUCGACAAAAAUCCAAUCAAAUGGUGGUUCUGGGGAAAUGCUUUCUGGAGUAUCAGUAGGGCAUUUGGCACGUUGGGCUAAUGAGUGGAUCUAUACAUCAUUAGCAAAUAGUAGCACAGUUGUAAAGGGGCAAAAACUUAGUCAGAGAAUAGAUCGAGAUGCAAUGAAAGAUGAUGCAAUUCUUGAUUGUUGUAUAUAUUUUAAACAAACCCAUCCGCACAAUUUAGUUGUAUUACUUCUGAAUGAUAAAAAUCUUUGUUCAAAAGCUCUCAUGAAUGAUAUGUUGACGGUUAGUUUCAGAAAAGAUAUGACUGCAGAACUUAUAGCAUCGAUGAUUUUCAAUCAGAAUAUAAAUACUUUUGGAAAAUUGGAAACUAAAGUAUCAACAACAGUCCAUCAUCAACCAGCCUAUUCGCAUGCUUAUACUUCUCCUCCUCCACAGCAACAACAACAGCAGAAACAUCUAGAACCAUCUAAGGAAUGGAUAGAAGCAGCUCAAGAUAUAAAUGGAUUUCAAUCAUUCUCCGAAAUCUCAUCCAAAGUCUACAACGAAAUCGAAACAAUCUUAUCAUCGGCAUUACAUCAUUGCAUGAAGGCAGAAUUCGGAGAUGAUCUCGAUUUAAUUCGAGAUUAUGAUAAUUCUUCAGGCAAAACCAUUGCCGAAUCUGCUAAUGUCUUGAUACGAUUUUGGUUCCCGGUAUUCCAACCAUAUUUCUCUCCAUUGCCUGGGAAUUUCAAACCAUUUGAAGAAACUGGAAGUGGGAAAUCUCUGCACAAGACACCGAUAUUUAUUCAACAACCUACUACUAUUAAGGAAUUAUAUGCAUUUGUUGAGUUUUGGAGUACUGUCUUAGAUACCAUCUAUGAUGCAAUAAUGGGUGAAACUGAACAACAAGCGCUAGAGGUCUUGACUACGAGAUGGAAGAAAAUGGCCAGUUCGAGCCAAAUGCAUUAG